CAUCAAAAAAAUUCUUAAACUCAUUGAUUAAACUGAGAAGAAAGAGGAGGUUUGAAUUCUAGAAAUAAAUGUAUCUAAUCUAAAACUUUUCAUGCCUACUAAAUCUUUAAGAAUGACAGGAUAUCAUUAUUUAGAUCCUGUUUUGUACCCAGUAUUAUUAUUACUAAUAUUACAAUAGCAUGUGGAUUAGCGUCGGCUCUAUUUUAAAGCAAUAUAUGAGAACAAGAUUUUUAUUUUACUUUAAAAUUGUUAACAGAUUGAGAGGAAAAUAAUUGGAAGUUAAAAAUGGAUUUGCAUCAUCUGGCAAAAUGGAUGA